GGUGGAGCUCUAAGGUCUGGGCCCAGGUAGCCAGCUGAUCAACGGCUAGUGAUCUGAUGUCCCCGCCUUCCAUCUGAUGACGGCAGGGAUACGCUCCACCCAUGUGACCCUGAAGGUGGAGAACAUGGAGGAAUGUCUCUUAAUGUUUCAUGUCCUUUAACACAGGACACCAAGGUCGCCAUGGAGCUGCGUGGAUUCUGUGUUUUCUUGCAGCUGGCUCUGGCAGCAGGACUGAACGCCGAUUCUGAUAAGCAGAUGACGCAAUUCAACUCCAUUCCAGGGAACAGGGACAACGAUAACACUCACCAAGCAAUAGUAAUCAUGGAGAAGGACCCAGCAGUGAUCAAAUCAGCUGCCUACCUGUUCAAGAAGCAUCCCAGUGCAUCAACCCUGCUGAGCUACCAGAAUGGGGUGCUGCAUGUUCUGCAGGGACGUCCUGGGUUUUCUGGGAACUACGAUGUCCUCCUGGUAGGCCAUGGCAGGAAGAGCACCAUGGGACCAGUCCAGCUUGCUGGUUUGGACCCAGGGGAACUUGCCAGAUUCAUGUCCAUCCUAAUAACCAAAAUUGGUCAUUCAAUUCGGACAGUCACCCUGAUCAGCUGCAAGCUCGGAAAUGACCAACGUUUUAUGUUGAAUCUGUUACAAAUCCUGCACUCUGCUGGCGUGGAAACAAAGCUCCAUCUCCAAAGCGCUCUGUUGUCAGUGAACUCCAACGGAGAGAUAAUGAGGGAAAAGGACGGUGUUUGGAGGUCCCAUGACCACAGCAGCGAAGUCAUCGCUCAGUUGAACCAACGAGGUGACCUGCUGGUGACAAAACCACUCGGCUGUUCAGGUCCUGUCUUUCUAAAUUAUAAAGGACAUGUUCUGUAUCUUCAGACUCUCGAAUGGCCACGUCACCCUCAGAUGUUUGUACCAAUGGAGUUGCGCAAGAAGUAUCCCUCCAUUGACUGCCUGGAGGGGCUAACUUGGAGCUUGUUCUUUGAGGAGAGCGAAAGACGACGUGCUCCAACUUAUACCCCCCAGCCGAAUGAUAUGAGAGCGGUGUGGCUUAAAGAUCCUGAUCUGCCAGAGGAAUACAUUGUGCUCAAACACAUCAUGACUAUACAGGACCUGCUUGCUGAGAUUCGAUUUAAUGCCAUGGAGGAAGUCACUUCAGAUCUUUACUAUGUUCUCAAUGAAUGCAUCUACAAAGUACAUGGGAAAAAUCUAAGUGUAACUCUGGCAGGGAAGGUCAUGAACCCCAACAACACAGCGCUAAUUGAAGUUUUCCGUGAGUCGUUGACCGACCAGAUGAGCGAAUCGCCCCUGGAGGAGCUCCAGCAGGGUCUCAAAGCGUCGAGCUUCAACGAUUUCUGCCGGCAGACUUUCCAGUUCCGUCAGUGCAUCUACAACUGCGAGCGAUGGGGCCGCUACUUCAUGACGGCGGUGUUCUCCGCGUCCGUACGCAACUUUCGAACCUUCUCGCUUUUCCUCAUGAGCGUCAUUGGCUGUGAGGUGGGCCGUUUGAGGGGCACUGACAGCUCCCUGUGCACAGCCUUCGUCGGCAACGAUCACCCCAUGAUUACGGAGCAGCCCUGGCCCGAACACCUCCGACGAGGCUUCUACGGCUGCACCGUCGACAACUACGAAGUCGCACCGGAGAACUGGCAGAUUUGGUUGGAUCAAGUUGUUGCAAAGGAGAACGCCCUUUAUGUCAGAUCCAAGCAGAUGAUGACAACCAUGGACCACAACGACCAGACUGAGCUGGACAUCUUCGGCAGGAUCAAAGUGAUGAAUAAGUACGUGUUCUCAUCCUAUAUGGAGUAUUUUCGAGGUACACCUGAGGGAAAGAAACUCAAGAUAGGAUGUGCUCCCGUCUUCCGUGAGAAUUAAAAUUCACAAUUUUAUAAAGCACAACCGUUACACGUUUAGGUAAUGCUUAUCAGUUCAUAACAAAGAAUAAAUGACAGAAAACAAGUUAUAUCUCCUACUCAAAGUUAAACCCUUUAAGCUCCGGCUUAUUUUCAAUGCCCAUCUGCUUCUCUGCAGUAGGACGGGUUCAUUUUCAACAACUUCAAAUCGGAAACGUUUUGGCAUUAUGGAAGAAACACAUUGAUACUAAUCCCCCCCACCCCCCACCCUUUCCUCUCUCUAUGCAGAUAGUAGAUGUGUAAAACAUUCUUCAACUUAAACUGUCAAUAUGUAUCAAUCAAGAACAAUAGAUGUUUCUAGUGUGUGAUGGUUAAACUCACAGGCCACUCCCACCGCUGACUCCACAACUGGACAACAAAUCAGUACAUUGACCUUUUGACAUCAUCUAUUUGAAAUA